ACAUCAAAACACCAGCUCACCAUCGAUCGGUAGCACUGAAACACAUCACUCUUCACUUCCCCAGUUCACCCAGUCAUGGAUAAGGCCUACGUGGCCAUCCUCUCCUUCGCCUUCCUCUUCUUGCUCCACUACCUCGUGGGCCGCGCCGCCGGCGGCGGCAAGGGCAAGGGCGCGCAGCAGCUGCCGCCGAGCCCUCCGGCCGUCCCAUUCCUCGGCCACCUCCACCUCGUCAAGACGCCGUUCCACGCGGCGCUGACCCGACUCGCCGCGCGCCACGGCCCGGUCUUCUCCCUGCGCAUGGGGUCCCGCCGCGCCGUGGUGGUGUCCUCACCGGAGUGCGCCAAGGAGUGCUUCACGGAGCACGACGUGGCCUUCGCGAACCGCCCGCGCUUCGCCUCGCAGCAGCUCUUGUCCUUCGGCGGCGUCGCGCUCUCCACGUCCAGCUACGGCCCCUACUGGCGCAACCUCCGCCGCGUCGCUGCCGUGCAGCUCCUUUCCGCGCACCGCGUCAGCUGCAUGAUCCCCGUCAUCUCCGCCGAGGUGCGCGCCAUGGUGCGGAGGAUGAACCGUGCCUCGGCGGCCGCGCCCGGCGGCGCCGCGCGGAUCGAGCUGAAGCGGAGGCUGUUCGAGCUGUCCCUCAGCGUCCUGAUGGAGACCAUCGCGCAGACCAAGACGUCCCGCACCGAGGCGGACGCUGACACGGACAUGUCACCGGAGGCCAGAGAGUUCAAGCAGAUCGUUGACGAGGUCGUACCGUUCCUUGGCUCGGCUAACCUAUGGGACUACCUGCCGGUGUUGCGGUGGUUCGACGUGCUAGGCGUGAGGAACAAGAUCCUAGCCGUGGUGAGCAGAAGGGACGCGUUCCUGCGGAGGCUCAUCGACGCGGAGCGACGGAGGCUGGACGACGGCAGCGAGAGCGAGAAGAAGAGCAUGAUCGCCAUGCUGCUCACUUUGCAGCAGUCAGAGCCGGAGGUCUACACGGAUACUAUGGUCAUGGCUCUGUGUGGGAAUUUAUUUGGCGCCGGAACGGAGACCACAUCGACGACGACAGAAUGGGCCAUGUCGCUGCUGCUGAACCACCCGGAGGCGCUCAGAAAGGCGCAGGCCGAGAUCGACGCGGCCGUGGGCACCUCCCGCCUGCUCACCGCGGACGACAUGCCUCGUCUCACCUACCUCGACUGCGUCAUCAGCGAGACCAUGCGUCUCUACCCUGCCGCGCCGCUGCUGCUGCCGCACGAGUCCUCCGCGGACUGCAAGGUCGGCGGCUACGACGUGCCUCGCGGCACGAUGCUGCUCGUCAACGCGUACGCCAUCCACAGGGACCCCGCGGUGUGGGAGGACCCGGGUACGUUCAGGCCGGAGCGGUUCGAGGACGGCAAGGCCGAGGGCCGGCUCCUGAUGCUGUUCGGGAUGGGACGGCGCAAGUGCCCCGGGGAGACGCUCGCGCUGCGGACCAUCGGGCUGGUGCUCGGUACGCUGAUCCAGUGCUUCGACUGGGACAGGGUUGAUGGGGUCGAGGUUGACAUGACCGAGGGCGGCGGGCUGACCAUCCCCAGGGCCGUUCCCUUGGAGGCCAUGUGCAAGCCUCGUGAGCUCUUACGCGAUGUUCUUCAUGAGCUCCGAUAGAACGACUUCUUGGCAUCUUUGAGUCUUCAAUUCAUGGGGAAAGGGGGCGUCAGCAUUGAGUACUCUAGUACGCUUGGUUGACAGUGUGUGAUGUACUGCUAAAUAAGCUUGUGAGCAUAUUCGUGUUGCCGUCUGUAAAUUGUGCGGGGAGAUUUAUAUGAACAACUAGCAGUUGUUUGAGAGUA